UGGAAGACUGACACCUCUUCUACAGUCUCCUCCCCCGCGAUGCGUCAUCUUCUUCCUUUCGUUUUGGAUUUCUUUUCCCGAGAUUUUUAAUCUCCUAAAGCCUUGCGUUUGACCCAAAUUCUGUAAUUGAUUCAGCUUGAUUUUCAAGAUAGGACUUUGAUGGCAGCAGCAGAAGCAAGGGCUGCUUUUCAGAGGACAGUAAAUCGUUGCUUUGUUCAAGAAGAUGCCAAAAGGGCUCCCAGAUUAGCUUGCUGUCAAUCAUCGUCUUCAACGACCAAACCAGUUGAUUCUGGACCUGCCAAUGCAGCAGCAGAUGAACCAGAUCAACCUUCCAUAGGUUUUAUGCCUUUUAGCAGAGCUUCUUCAUAUUCUAGUUUAUUUCCCGAGUCGAAAUGGUGGCUUCAGCCACAAUCUAGCUAUGGAUACCAAAAGAUUUUCACCCCAGAACACUCUAAUGCUUUAGAGGCUGGCAAUGAAACUUCAAAAUCUGGUACUGAAAAAUCUUGUUCUUCAAUUGAUAUUCACCCUACUGAAGGUAGCAAUGAUGAUUACAGCAGGUAUUCUCUAGACACUGAUCAUGGUGUCUCUGAUAUCUGCUCAAAGAGGGUGAAUACCAUUAUGAAUGAAGACGUAAAGACCUUGGAUGGUACAGACUCUCAAGAAUGUCUUGGUAGCAUAGAUAUGAAAGCAAACUUUGAAUGUUUAGAUAAGGAUUCUUUCAACUGCAAAACAGUUUCCAAAACACAAGAUGAGUUUUACUUAGAUCCAGAUUCUCCUUGGAUUCAAGAGGACAAGGCUGAACCAUGGUGGUGGAUAACAGAUAAAGAUGAAUUAGCCUAUUGGGUUGCACAGAAAUCUCUUGAUCAUAUAGAAAAUUGUGAUCUUCCGCCACCUAAAAAAACAUGUUUGAAUCUUAAGAGACUCCCUUAUGCUCAAAAGCAAUCCUAUGAACAUGAUACAAAUUGGGGUUCUACGUUCAAGUCAAACCACAGAAAUUGCGGGCUCGAUUUUUGUUGUUUUGGCAAAACACAGAGAGAACCGGGUGAAUCAACUGAGCAAGGGAUCUUGCUGCGUGGAGCUCAAAAAUCUUUGAGUUGUACAAUUCCCAACAAUUUGACAAAAACAACACAAACUUCUGAAGACAAUGCUAGCAAAGCUGAGCUAAUGGAUGCACUGCUUCAUUCUCAAACCCGUGCGAGGGAAGCUGAGCUUGCAGCAAAGCAAGCUCAUGCCGAAAAGGAGCAUAUAUUUGAGCUGUUCUUCAGACAAGCAUCCCAACUCUUUGCAUAUAAGCAAUGGUUUCAACUGCUGCAACUAGAAAGCCUGCAGAAUAAGAACAAUGAUCACCCAAUGUCCACUCUUUUUCCAAUGGGUCUUCCAUGGAUGCCUUACAAGAAUAGGCGGAGAUUCACGAGGCAGAAAAGAAUCAAGCGGGAUCGGCAUGGGAAUGAUAUUUCGACUUAUGCGGUUGCCAUAGCUGUAGGAUUGAGCCUGGUGAGUGCAGGAUUGCUUCUGGGGUGGACUGUAGGGUGGAUGCUUCCUUCUUUGUAGGCCUAGAUUUUAGAAUGAAGGAUGAAUUGAGAAGGGUACGUACUCUGAAUGAAGUAUAAGCUCUGUUUGUGUAUCUGUGUAGCAUAGAUUUGCAAUAUGUAGAAUGUUGUUUGUAUAUUAUGAGGAUCAUAUUUGAGCUAACAGAUCCAAGUAAUAUAUCUCUGUUUCGAUUCUUUA